AUGGAUCCGAAUGCAAAAACAAUUAUCUCUUUCGCAUUGGUUUUCCUCUAUUUAUCUUUCCCUAAUAUUUCCCUCGCCAGUGACGCUGAAGUCGGCGAUGAAACACCAUUUACGUACGAGCAACAUCAAGAUAAAGGACCAGAGGGAUGGGGCAAAGUAAAUCCUCAAUGGCAAGUUUGUAACACUGGAAAAUUACAAUCUCCGAUCGAUCUCACUAACUCCAGAGUUAGUAUUAUUCGUGAUGAAGCAUGGAGAAGACAAUAUAAACCAGCCCCGGCUGUAAUUGUGAACAGAGGACAUGACGUUAUGGUAUCGUGGAAAGGAGAUGCUGGGAAAAUAACGAUACGUCGUACGGAGUAUAAAUUGGUGCAAUGCCAUUGGCAUUCACCGUCUGAGCAUACCGUUAACGGAACUCGUUAUGACAUGGAGCUUCACAUGGUUCACACGAGUGCUGAAGGCAAAACCGCAGUGAUUGGAGUUCUUUAUAAAUUAGGCAAACCUAAUGAAUUCCUCACAAGGCUACUAGAUGGAAUCAAAACAGUUGGGAAAGAAGAGAAGGAUCUAGGGAUCGUGGAUCCAAGAACUAUUAGAUUUCAAACCAAAAAAUUCUAUAGAUACAUUGGCUCUCUUACUGUUCCUCCAUGCACUGAAGGUGUUAUUUGGACCGUUGUCAAAAGGGUGAACACAAUAUCAACGGAACAAAUUGCAGCUCUGAGGAGUGCCGUUGACGAUGGGUAUGAGACGAAUUCAAGACCGGUUCAAGAAAGAAAUGGAAGAUCGGUCUGGUUCUACAAUCCAAAUGUUUGA